CCGCAGCGGCCUACGAGAGCGGCUCAGGCGGGCCCGGCCUGCUUCCAAGUCACGUGCAGUGAACAGCUGGAGGGUUUUCUGUAGGGAUGGCUGCCGUCCUUCCGUGGGCCUGACGAUGCCGGCGCUUAGCUGGGCAGACAACUCGAAGAGACAUAAAGCAGAGCAGAUGGAGCCGAGCACAGACUGCAGCAGCACUGUUCCAGAUUGUUCGGAGGAUACCUUUGCGACCUUCCGUGAAGAAAAGUGGGAAAGCUGCAGGCAAUACGAGAAUGAAUCAUUUGAAUCUUAUUACUCCAGAGAGGAGUCAGAGAAUGGCCCACUGGGUCAGAUCUGUCUGAAGACACGCAGCAGCUUUCGAGCCAGAAUGAUGAAGAUUAAAUUUGGCAAGGCCACCUCAUCCCGGAAAAUUUCCGAACAAGAACCCGAUUUUUGGGAUCCUAGCAUGGCAAAAAAAGCUCUGAUUCUGAAAUGGAUCAGCCGUCUGAAAGAUGACACAUCGAGCACUCAGCUUGCUGAAUGUGCCAGUAAACCAGGAAAUGCACUGACCAUAAGGACUGAGGCACCUGAGGAAGAGUGGGAGGCUGUGAGGUCUUUUUGUGCCAUCAAGACUGACCACCUUAAUCACCCACCAAGCUCAGCUCUUUCGAAUAGGCGCAGGCGCAGCAAUCAGAAGCAUCGAUUCCCUUCGGAGGAGGUCUUCAUGCAUGAGGUGAACCAUAUUGUUCCGGGUCAGCUGGUGAACAGACUGCGCCUGAAAAAUCUCCAGAAGUCCAUGGAACAGUUAGUGGAAACUGAAAUGCAUCAACCAUCGCAGUGCUCUGGCUGCGAGAACAAAAGAGCCCAGCUAGCAGAAGAUGCUUUUCUGAGACGAAAGAGAACCAUACUGGAGGGGGUUUUGCUCCAAGAAAAACUAAAAGACCAUCUCUGCACCCAGGACGCUCUUCUCAUCAUUGGCAAAAUGCACCAAAGGCUUCCAAAGCUUUCUGACGAUCCCAGGGACAUUUGGCGGAAAUUGAAGGAGAGAGCUCUGCAAGCAGAGGGCAUGGCCCUGCCAGAACCGUCCCCAAAGCAGAAGAAACACAUAUCAUCCAGGGCACCUGCGCUGAGCCAUGGAGAAUAACACCCGUUCGAUACUGACAAACUAGCCUGUGAUCAAAUGCCCCUUUGGAUUGGGUCCAGGUCUGGGGUCCGGCUCUGGCUCCCUUCCCAGCGCGUGCAGAGCAAAGCGCCACCACCUUAACUAAACCCAUUUUUAAAAUUACGGAAGCUGACUUUUUUGUUAUUACUCUGACAAGCCAUAAGUAUUGCUUUUGCACAUUUUCUUUGGGGAUUGAAAGCAGAUCACAGCUGCUCCUACCUGCAAAGAAAACUAAUGGCUCCGUUUUUCCAGACGGGGAGGCGUAACGGCUGGGUGUCAGCUCAAUCUGUGCCUGCCGCUGCUUCUUAAAUUGAAAGCCGGAUUCCUGGGUAGAGGGACAAGAAAGCAGGCGGCAAAGGAGCAGCAGAGGAGGCAAAACGGAGAAAGGUUGCCGCUCUGAUGGCAGUAAGGAUACAACCUGGAACCGAGCCACAGAGCUGAGGAUUCCAAGGCUACAAGCGGUGAUAUUCAAUUAGGAAUGUCAAAUUGUGUGUACAGAUGCAUAAAGAUAGACUAAGUAAUUGAUAAAGUUUGAAGGUGAUAUCCAAAUAUUGUUCUGGCAUCGGCUUUACGGAUGUUCAUUGAGUGCUGAUAUCCAGUUUUGUGGUUUGUAGCCCACCAACAGUCCAAAGGAAAGAGGUUUUGUAUCAGAGACUCAUAUUUUAUUUAUGUCUGUCUGUAUUUAUAGUUGUCCUGCUUCUCUUCCCAAUGGGGACCCAAAGAAGCAGACAAUAAAACAAACACACACACACACACUAGACAAAAAAACAGGAACAGGGAAACAGCUUCUGAAUGCAGAGCCGGUAGGUUGGCCUGUGUCUCUCCCUCUCGCCCUGCUACCAAUCUUUCUGUCAUCUCAGGGCUGACUCCUGCCACUCACCUUGCACCCAAGGGGUACAUCUUAAGUAUCUGGGGACAAAGGAGAAACAAACUCUGCCACACUUUAGCCAGCCACCUUGCAGGUUUCUCUCCACGUGUGUCUCUGGGCAAGGAAUGUAUGUUGCAGACUCAACCUAGCUAGUACUGAUACGCUAGUUGGUAACUUCUCUUUGUAUCAUGUUUGUGAAGUAGACAUGGAUGGAUCUUUGCGUAGUAAUUCCUGGAAAGGGUCCUGGGAGCAUGCUAACCUUCUAACCACUACCCCACAGCAACCCUCUAAUGUUCUGUGUCUUUUGAGCAAGUUGACUGUACCUCUGAUCGAAUACUCUGGGAGUUACCUUGACCAAGCAAAACAAGCUAUUACUUAAAUGGUGAGUCAUUUUUUUGGGAUAGAAAACCCAAGUUCUCGCACAGGAGAUAUUUUCGUUUGUUUCUGUUCAGGAAAAGAGAACAGUGUCUAUAAUCUACAUUAGUCGGUGAGGUUGCUGCUUUGGUUUGACACUGAGGAGCAGCCGGGCACAAGCCCAGAGUCGCGGGGUGUUCAUGUUUUACAUACAGCACCACCCAAAGAGUUUCCACUAUGCCUUCAAAACAAAAACAAGGUUGGAUUUGUUUUACGGGGGCCAAUAUCCCUCUUUUUGGUUCCACAGAACUCAUUCAGAGGUUAGAUCAGGGAUACAUUUCUAAAGCUACCUUGUCCGAGUUGACCAAUCUCUGUUUGGGGGGAGACCAAGUUUCAACAAAGUCUUUGAUAUUUUUAUUCUUGAUGAGCGAUGACAGCUUUUCAUUUGUUGCAUAUUCUAGAAGAGCACUCAACCAAUCUUCAAUUGAUGGAACCUUUUCUAAUUUCCAGUUCUUGGCUACAAAUAGCCUCGCCGCUUUAAACUUGGUCUCCAUUGCUAAAAUAUAUGGAUACAAGGAAGGAAUGUAAAGACAUUGUAAAGUACUGUAACAUGUAAAAAAGAUAAGUCAUAAGGAUAGUUAAUGAGAAUAUAAGAAUUGUGAAUUAAUAAUAAUAUAAAAAUAUCUACUGUAGAAAUAGAUUAGUUGGAUAUAUAUAAUAGUAAUUUUAAAAAAGCAAGUGUAUAAGAUAUAAGAUAGAUAUAUUUGUAUUUGAUUAUAGACUUACGUUUGAGUAUAUAUGAAGGGAUAUGAGUUUGAAUAUAUAUACAAAAACAUUUGCUUGUAUUAUGGAUAUUUUUAUUUCUAACUAGAGACAUAUAAUUAAGGCUGCUAGGGAGUAGUAAAUACGAAGUAUAUUAUUUUUGGGAAUAAGAUAAGAAUUUGUGGAGAAAGGAAUUUUUUUUCACGCAGUUAAAGAAUUAGGAAGAAAAGAUAUAUGUGUUAUAUGAAUGUGUUAUGUGAAGUUUUAUUGUAAAUUUGUUUUGUAAUGUGUAAUAUUGUUUUAUAUGGUUGAAAUAAUAAAAUUAAAUUUU